GCGUAUGAUGUACGGCCUAUCAAAAUGCGCGCCAAAAAAACAAUGAACGCCGUUGGAAAUUGUGUUUGUUCGUUUUUACUUGUAAACAAACGCCAAACGUUUUUCGACUCGUUUGUGUUUGACAUCUCGAACUUCUCAAUUAAUUGACGAUUUUCUUGCAAAAAAAGCCGGUAAUUUACAGAAAGAGCUCAACACCUGUAAAAUUAUGGGCACCAAAAGUAAAAGGAGUCGAAAAGCCAAAGAGGACAUUAGCUCUCAAGAGGAUUCUGUGAAGGAUCAAUCGAGUGUAACCAUUGAUACAAAUGGCUCGGACUCAACAGAUGAGGAGUCUUCGUCGGCGGCAGAACCGGAAAAGAAGAAACUUGGUCGUAAACGUAAAAAACAUAGUUCCAACGUCCUUAAUGUGGAAUCAAUAGAAACUGCAGAGGCCGACACUGUUACAACCGUUAAAGAAAAUAGUAAUAAUGUGGAAACGGGAAACAACAAAAGUUAUCGCAAACGUAAAAAGCAUUACUUCAAUGCCAUACGAGCACAAAUGGAGUUUUAUUUUGGUGAUGCAAAUCUUAGCAAGGAUCGUUUUCUCAAGCAAUUAAUUGAGAAGGAUCCAUUUGUUCCAUUGGACACAUUUCUAACAUUCAACAAGAUGAAAGCUUUAACCAGCCGCGUGGAAGACAUUGCAAAAUCCCUAAGCAAUUCCCAACUAUUAGAGCUAGAUGAAGGUCAACAAAAAGUAAGACGAAAAACUCCAUUGGUGGAAAAUCGCAAUGUUGAUGAAAAAACAUUGUACGUUGAAGCACUACCCUCUACAGCCGAUCAUGAGUGGGUUCGACAAAUCUUCGAAAGAUUUGGGAAAGUUGAAUACAUAUCUCUUCCAAAAUAUGCCAAAUCGCAUAGAAUUAAAGAAUUUGGUUUUGUAGAAUUCGAAAAGGAAGACAGUCUUAAAAAGGCUUUACAGGCAUUUAAAGAAUUCAAUGGGGUAUUACAAAUGGAUGAAAAAGAUCCCUCUGAAUUGAUUAGUGUUAAAUCUUAUCUCAAAGAACAGUCAGGAGAAGAGUUGGGCGAGGAACACCCAAAAGACGAAAAUAGAAAAAGAAAUAAAGCCGAAGGACAGUCAGACGAUGCUGAGCCUAAAGCAAAAAAGCUGAAAACGGAUUCACAAGACGAGGAUCAAGAAGAAGAUCAGGGAACCGAAACUGAAGCAACAACGUCUCUUUCUGAGUCUGAAACAAAGGAUGAAGAUACAUCAAAGAAACCCGAUGAAAACGGCGACGAAGAUAAAGAAUCGAAAAAGAAGAAACGUCGAAAACGUAAAAAGAAAUCAAAAUCUGAAGAAAAACUUAAACGAAAGGCUGAACUAAAUACCGAUGUUUCCUAUUACGAGCUUAAAAUCCUACCCAAAAAAGAUUGGAAACGUUUGCGCAAUAAAUAUCUAAAUUUGCAAAGGGAAAAGGUUGCGGAAUUAAAGAGAAAGGCAUGGCGUGAGCAACAAGAAAUCAAGCAACAAAACAAGGACAAUGUUAAGGAUGAAAACAGUUCACAAAUUCCAAAUAAAACUCAGAAGAAAAAAUCGAAAGAAUCCAAACACAAACUACAAAAAAUGAACAUGAAUUUCUAUGGGGCUGCAGCAGAGGAAGAACCGCCCGCAAAAAUUCUAGCGACAGAUAAGGCACAGCAAAAUCCUGCUCUGGAACGUGCACCACUCUUUGGCUAUGAACCUGGACUCAUAGUGGAAAUGUCAUUCCUGGAACCCUGUGUAAAUAUCAAGGAGUACAAAGCUGAUAUGCGUCAAUACCCUUCUGUUAAAUAUAUUGACAUAAAGGAGGGCGCCAUGAAGGCAUAUCUUAGAUUAGAAACGGCACAAUUGGCUAAAGAAUUUGUGCAGAAAAUCAGCUGUGCUGAAUACCAGUGUCAAAUUUUAUCCGGAGAAACAGAAUCUGCUUAUUGGCAAAAAAUUGAAAAGGACCGCGAACAAAAAUUGAACAAACAAGUCAAGGUGCCACAGAAACGUGGCAGAGAGAAAGUCAAGAAGUUAAUAAGUAAACAUAUACGUUUCGGUGACGACGAUGAUAACUGAGGUACAUAGAUACCCAUAACGUGUACCUAUUGUAACAAAAUAUUAAAUAAAAAGAACUUUGUUCGUUAAAGAUAAAA